AUGAUUGGAGCGAAGGACGACGUUUUAUAUUGCAUGUGCACAGCAAUAUUAAAUGGAGAAGCACAACGUUGGUAUGAAAAUAAUACAUCAUUAGCCGAAUGGAAUGAUUUAAAACAAGCACUUUUCGAACGAUUUGACCCCACAGAAUCCUUAUCAAAAAUAUUUCAACAAUUGAAACAACGAAAACAGCAAUCCGAUGAACAAUCACGUCAUAUUACGACGCUAUUAUUAAAUUAUAAUGGUGUCAAAGAUUCAUUAAAAAUUCAAAUAAAACGUCAAAUGAAAGCACUCACGGAAUCAGCAAGAGCAAUUCAGGCAUUUUUUAAAAUUGCCAAAGACGAUCAAGAACUACAGCAAGAAAACUUUUCCGAACUUCAAUCGACACAAUCUUAUUUACGGUACUUCGAUAAUACAGUGUCGACAACAUUACCACGAACCACAACUCAAUUUCAAAAUCCACUUCUGCAAACAUAUACCAAUUCUCAACCGAGUAAUCUGUCCUAUCGACCGAAUCUUCCGUACGUUCGAUUGCAAGAUCCACCUAAUCUGCAAACAUCGCUAGGGAAACCCUAUAAUCCGGUGAACUCACAACGCUCUUCGAUAGUACGACCCCGAUCUUCGUUUUGGUUUAAUAAUAUACGACAAUCACAACGCACAAAUGAUCCAUCAUCCGACACAUUGCAUCAACAUAAGAUGCACAUAUAUAAAGGCUUUUAUUCUACGGCGGUUUGGGCGCGAAAUGGUACUGAAACGUGCCAGAUAUUACCAUUAAUGACGGCAGAUGUUUGUCGUAUACGAUAUGACGGCCGUAAUACUGUGCUUAUAAAGUCAUUUAUACAGGACUCGUAA